UCUUCUUCUUCGUGAUGAUCGAAAUGGGGGAGAGCAAACUAACAAUGGCAGUUCCUCCACUUCUCCUCCUCACACUCCUCUCCCUCCCUUCUCUUCUCAUCCACGCCGCCAUCUCCGAUGCUUACCCCACCAUUCCCGGAACCGCUCCGAUCGACGGAGGUUUCUCCGAUGAACUCAAACCCAUCCGCCGUGAGGUCUACGGCGAAGGCAAAAUCUUCGACAUCAGCCACCGCUACACGCCGGAGAUGCCGGCGUGGGAGUCAAAAGAAGGAAUCGGACGGUUUCUAUGGCUAGCCGCGAGCAUGAAGAACGGGUCGCUCGCUAACAACUCCGAGAUGAAGAUCCCGACUCACACUGGGACCCACGUCGAUUCGCCUGGACACGUGUACGAUGAGUAUUACGACGCUGGGUUCGAUGUAGACUCGCUUGAUCUCCAAGUCUUAAACGGUCCUGCGUUGUUGGUUGAUGUUCCAAGGAACAAGAACAUAACUGCCGAAGUGAUGAAGUCUCUUAACAUACCAAGAGGAGUCCGUCGUGUGCUUUUCAGAACAUUGAAUACUGACAGGCGUCUGAUGUUCAAGAAGGAGUUUGAUACAAGCUAUGUCGGAUUCAUGAAGGACGGCGCACAAUGGUUGGUAGACAACACUGACAUCAAACUUGUUGGGGUUGAUUAUCUAUCAGUAGCUGCAUAUGAUGAUCUGAUUCCGUCCCACCUAGUAUUCCUAAAAGGCCGAGAGACUAUACUGGUGGAGGGAUUGAAGCUGGAUGAUGUGAAGGCAGGAGUCUACUCUGUUCAUUGCUUACCUCUAAGACUUGUUGGAGCAGAAGGGUCUCCAAUUCGCUGCAUCCUCAUCAGUUGAUUUCUUCCUCCAAAACUUGGAGUUGUCUGUAUGCAAGUUAACCUUUCGUAUCUUUACUUCAAGAUCUUAUGCUUGACAAAAAAAAAAAGUAAAAUAAAUAAGGAAACUUGGCGA